CUCGGACGCCUCGCCUGUCUGCGCUCCCUCUGUACUGUACCUUGGAGAAGCGCUCGUCUCCCCGGAAUCUGGGCGUUGGCUCGCUUCAACAAAGCCGUUGAAAUGGUAGCCUUGGCACUUGAGACGCGAAGAGAUUCGAUGUCCGGGGGCCCUAGCCAUGCGCGGCAAACCUCGCAUUGCUUCCGUUUUCCGGCAAAGAAAGUGGUCGGUAAAGGAGAGCGCGCCUAGUCUGAAGCCCCAUCUACACAUUUGAGGGUGGGGUAUCGUAUACGUCGGGAUGAACAAGGCCUGGUUAUCGAGAAGUGGUAAAGGAAGGUUGAGAUUUUUGGGUUGUAGGAGCCGGAUGAUAUUGGCCUCGCCGCGAGGCUGACAAGGCCGAAUGGACCUGCGCUGCACGGAUACUAGUAUUUACCAUGCCAAGGGCACAUGUGAGAUCAGGCACGGCUUUUCAGUAUAUAAUAGGCUUCGUCUACGGGAAACUACUAUACCUACUAACUUCAAGCCACCCUAAAAGACCUCCGAUCAUCUCGUCGAUACGCACGUACGGUCAGUCAUCUGUCUGCAGCGGUCUGAUGGCAGCAGCAAAGAGUAUCCGCAGAUCCGCCACGGCCAACCCGGGAGAUGCUAUGCUCAUUCGACUAGAAUACGGUGUGAUCAUUUCGCUACACGAGCCGGACUUCGUCUGCGCCUACCCAUCCGCCUCGCCAGAUCCGAACCGCGGCUUUCUGAUGUGAUGCGUCUUGCGGAGAGAUGCCAUGACUGCAUAUA